CCAAAUGGAAACUCACUGAGCCUGCAAUUCAGAGGUAUUAAAUCAUUAUUAUUUUAUUUGGAGAGAGAAGGAGAGUAGAGACGGACAGAAACUCAGAUUAAAUCAUCUUUGUCUUUCCUGCUCAAGCCCACUGGCUACUGAGAGAAAGAGACAAGAGAGAGAGAGAGAGAGAGGCACACACAUACUGACUGAGAUACAGUGGGGUUCGGGAGAGUGCAGAUUCAUCCUGUAGAGAUCUCCCCACAGCCUCAGAGAGAGAAAAGGAGGAAUAUUUUAAAAAGAGAGAAAUACAGAAUGGGAAAUACAUGUGUUUUAAGGGGAGAGUGAGGAAGGAUGAUUUAUUGUGGAGCAAGCCAUUGACACAGCGAGAAAAAGACAAGCUGACUGAACAUUCCAGGAGAAAAACAACGCUGACAAGAUCGUGGGAUAGGAAAAGAGGGACAGAAGGAGAGAGGACGGAUCGAGAGAUGCAUGCAGUCAACCGUACUCAUUCGAUGGUCAUCUCCUUAGUGUGUACAGAGCCAUGCCCAGUACACCUGUCGCCACAAUGUGACAGCGACUGUCUGACCACGGAGACCAUCACCUAGACAAUCCACAACACUUUAGAUUCCUAUGGCACUGUAACCUGACAACAGCAGAUACCUACAGCGCUGUAACUUGGCAACAACACUGAGUCACCUCAAUCGAAUUGCCACCACUGAAUCGACUCCUCUGAAUCAACUCCUCUCUGCUGUAAGGAUGCUGAGGGUGUCAAUGGUCCUACUGCAGAGGCAGCUGAUCCUGUGUGUGUGGGUGUGUGUGUCCAGUGCACUAGUGGUCCAUUCCCUGCCAUGGAGCAUCUCCUGCCCGGCAGGGUGUGUGUGUCAGAUCAAGCCCUGGUUUUCCCCCCAGUCAAUGUCCCGCGAGGUUCCAACUGUGGACUGUAACAACCUGUUCCUGACCCAGCUCCCCUCCCCUCUCCCCCUAGACACACACACCCUCUGUCUGCAGAGUAACCUGCUGUCUGCCUUGGAGACAUCACUGUUACAGACACUCCCCAACCUCACAGAGCUGGAUCUGUCUCAGAACCGCUUCAGCAGUGUCAGGACACUAACCUCAACCCAGCCCCAGACUCCCUCCCUGCGCUCCCUACUCUCCUUGCACAUGGAGGAGAACCAGCUCUGGUCCCUGCCCCCUGCCGCCUUCUCUUCCCUGCCUGCCCUACAGGAGCUCUUCCUCAGCCACAACCAGCUGGCCUCCCUGGCUCCUAGAGCCUUCUCUGGUUUGGGCUCCCUGCUGCGCCUGCACCUCAACAACAACCACCUGACAUCAAUUGACCCCCUCUGGUUCACCACCCUGCCCUGCCUCCAGGUGCUGAUGCUGGGGGGAAACCCAGUGGAGGUCCUCCCUGAACGGGGCUUCCAGGCGCUGGGGUCUCUUCGCAGCCUGGUGCUGGGGGGCAUGGGGCUGAAAGGGUUGCCUGAGAGGGCCCUGGAGGGGCUGGACAGUCUGGAGAGCCUGUCCUUCUACGACAACCUCCUCACCACUGUCCCCACACACGCUCUGAGGAGGCUCCCAGGCCUGAAGUUCCUUGACCUGAAUAAGAACCGUCUGAGUCUGGUUCAGACAGGGGACUUCAGGGACCUGGUCCACCUGACAGAGCUGGGUCUGAACAACAUGGAGGAGCUGGUGGCCAUCGAGAGGGCAGCCAUGGAGAACCUGCCUGAGCUCACCAAGCUGGAGAUCACCAACAACCCCCGGCUGUCCUACAUCCACCCCCAGGCCUUCUUUCGGCUAAGCAGGCUCGAGAGCCUGAUGCUGAACUCCAACGCUCUGACUGCUCUGCACCAACACACUGUCCUGUCUCUGCCCAGACUGAGGGAGGUCAGCCUGCACUCCAACCCCCUCCGCUGUGACUGCCUGUUUCGCUGGGUGGCUGAGGAGCACCCUCACACAGAUGCCAACGCACACACAAAAACACAGAUGCCACAGGCUGUGAGGUUUAUCCAGCCCCAGGCCACAUUGUGUUCUGAGCCUCCAGAGCUGAGGGCUCGCAGGGUGAGGGAGGUGUCAAUCACAGAGAUGUCAGCCUCCUGCCUCCCCCUCAUCCCCCCUGGCAUCCUCCCCCCCUACGUAAGGGUGAGAGAAGGGGAGAAGCUGGCCCUGCACUGUCGCGCCCUGGCAGAGCCUCAGCCCACAAUCUACUGGGUCACUCCUUCUGGACAGAGACUGGGAUCAUCCAACAACACCCACAGCCCCAAGCCUGCAUCCAGACCCUUCUCCAAGCCUGCAUCCAGACCCUACUCCAAGCCUGCAUCCAGACCCUACUCCAAGCCUGGAUCCAGACCCUACUCCAAGCCUGGAUCCAGACCCUACUCCAAGCCUGGAUCCAGCCUCAACUCCAAGCCUGCAUCCAGCCAGACAUCCAACUACUCCUCUUACCAUUCCCACUUACCCAGCCCAGCAUCUGGUAAUGCCUCUGUCCUCUUUUCCAGCCUCACCCCUUCCUCUCCUCCCCUCCUCUCCUCCUCUGUCUACCGGCUCCUGCCAGAGGGAACAUUGGAGAUCGUCAUGGUGACAUCCCGGGAGGCGGGUCUGUACACCUGUGUGGCUGAGAACACACUGGGGGCCGACACUCACAGUGUGACUGUAGUGGUGCAGGGGCCAGGGAGGGGGUUGAGGCAACAGAUGUUGGAGGGUAGAGGAUAGGGGUUAAAGAAGAGGGUUUUGAGGGAAGGGAGGUCACAUGAGGGCAAGGGUCAAGACAGCAAGCAUGAGGAGCAGCACACAUAUGAAUAAAGCCUAGCUAUAUAAAUAAUGAAUGAUAUUAUACACAUAAUAACACACACACAUACUUGCAGUACAUCGUUUCCAAAGAUAACGUCGCUUCCAGGGAUGAUUUAUAGGAUAGAUAUGGCUACCACUCUUGGCGGGGGUGCGGUUGUAGGUGGUUGUGAAGCCCGAUCCUGGAGGCACGUCCUGCCGCAGUUGGGACAUGUUAGGGCUGAAUCUGGAGCUGCUUGUGGGAGUGGUUGGGCGCAUUGGGGCCUGUAAAUAGGACAUAUGACACAGUGGCAGUACAUACAACAGUGGUGUACAGUCAGAUAUGUAUAUAUUUUAUAUAUACAGUACAUUUGGAAAGUAUUAAGACCCCUUUACUUUUUCCACAUUUUGUUAUGUUACAGCCUUAUUCUUAAAUUGAUUAAAUGGUUUUUUUCUCUAAUCAAUCUACACACAAUACUCCAUAAUGACAAAACAAAAUCAGGUUUUUAGAAAGUUGUAAAAAUGUAUUAUAAAAAAAAAAACAUAACAUAAGU